UUUUUAUCCGCGUACUUAGAUUUUGAAAAGGUUUUUGAAAAAGUUUUUUGGAAAAGUUUUUUGAAAACCAUCGCGUGCAUUCAAUAGCAACGCUUGACGUUGGUCCUCCGUCACGACAGAUCCUCCAUCGCACUCUUCAGAGGAGGCCAGUGGGAAAAUGCAACGCGUCCUUAGUUUACCGCACUCAGAGCACUUUGCGGAAACGAACAGAUCUGACGAAUUCGUCACAAAAAGGUUGUGCUUCUCCAGUCUCUUCUCUCUGGCUUUUUUCACGCUACUUUCGGGGUUCCUGUUGGGCCGCUUCGUGACGCAUCGUCACCUUGAGAUAAAAGAAAAUGCCUGCAAGGCGGAGGUGGCCCACCGCUCGAAAAAUCACAUCAACGCCGCUGAGUAUCUGGAAAAAAGAAUUCAAAGACACCAUAUCAAGGAGUAUUACGAUGCCAUUAUCGAUGGGCCGAGGGGAGCAGGGACUGGAAGUACGAAUUUUCAACAAGCUGUCAAGUUGCGCAAACACUUCAGUGAUUCUGGGUUUACCUCUGUAUCGUCUCUUACGCCUUCCCAAGUCCUUCUCACGUACCACGAUUCUGAAAAUCCCACAACGGUUGAAUUGCAAAACGAUAUGGGACAAAUGAAACAUAGAAUAACUGUGGAUUCCACUAGAAGAUUUAAUCUGCCUUAUAAAGCUCAAGUUACGGUACUUAGACGGACUAUAAGGGCACCUCCAAUGUUUGUGAAUUUCGGGAGCAAACAAGAUUACGACUUUUUAGAAAGUAGAAAUAUAAACAUCAAAAACCACAUUCUCUUGAUGAAAAUGAAGAAGUCAGCAAUAUACAAACAGAUUAGUGAGGGGAUAAAAAAAGGAGCGGUUGGAGUUUUGCUCUAUGCAGAUCCCUCUCAGCAUUAUGAAUUGCAAAAACAGAUAAAGACAAUUAAGGAAUUAAAUCCUACAAUUUUGGGAAGGCUGCAGCUUGCUUUUGGGGACUCUUUCUGCGCUAACAACAGUAAUGUAACACAGGAGUCUCAAAAAUCGAUUAUGGUCGAUGUAAUCAGUUUCGAUGAGAUGCAAAAUAUUUUCAAAGUCAUGUCAUUGAAUGCGUCAUCCAAGAGCUGGGCAAAUUUUAUGAAACCUUCAAUAUCCUCUAUAAAUCAAAAUAAAUGGAGCAUUAUAAUGUCCUCGCAUGUGCUUAAUCUCAUGCAUACAUACUACAAUGUCAUUGCUGCACUGGAAGGUGCCGAGGAGCCUGACCGAUAUAUUCUCAUCGGAAGCAACCGUGAAAGCUUGAGCAAUUCAGAUGACCCCCUUGGUGGCACAGUCGCCAUGAUGGAAAUCUCACGAGUAUUCGGUGAGCUGAACCGAGUGAAGGGAUGGAUACCUCGACGCACCGUCAUUUUUUGCAGCUGGGGACUGCAAGGCGAUGGCCACUUUAAUUCUGAAUCAUGGGCGCAAUUGUUGCAUCCAUUACUCACUGAAAGAGCCGUCGCUUAUUUAAGCGUGGAGGUGGCUGUUAGAGGAAAUUCAACGCUGAAAAUUCAGUCUGCACCAGUACUUGAAACCGUAAUUGAGGAGGCUAGCAUGCUGGUGCCCAACUGCGACCCUGCGGAGCAAAAUGCUCACAGGUUUACUCUUGGCGAAACUAUGCAACACAUGGCCAAAGUAAAAAAUACGUCAGUGAUAGAUAUCAUCCAUGGAGAAGGCGACUAUCAGAUGUUCCUGUUCGAACAAGGCAUCCCAAGUUUGGAUUUUGGAUACGACGGAGAGGAAAAAUUUACUGACUCAACGUUUUCAUUUCACCGGGCCAUUACCGAACUAUGGGCCAUUUUGAUAUGGAGUUUGGCAGAUGAUCCCGUCCUGCCCUUGAACCCUGCAGGGUAUUCCAAGUUUUUGAUCAAAUCGUUCUUCGUUGUCCAAAAAGAGUACGCAUCACUGAUUGAGAAACACUUGGCUCUGUUCAAUCGACUUCACAACGCUAUAGUGAGCUUCAACGAGACAGCCAGCGAUUUCGGGAAAAAGGUACACAGUAUUGAUAAAACGGACUGUAUGAGGAUGCGUGUUGUUAACGACCAACUUGUGAGGUUAGAAAAACAGAUGUUGUGUUUCCCAGAGAUGCAGAAUCAAGGGGCCCAUCCUCUGCUGACGGAGGGAAAUCUUCCGAGCGUUGGUUUUGGAGUGCUGCAAGAUUUACUCGAAGAAUCUUUGAUGUGGCCGGAAAGUACCACUAUUCAGAGACAGAUCCAGCAAGAACUCACUAUGCUAUCUUCAUGCAUUCAAAAUGGAGAGCUUCUGUUGAAAGAUGUUGUUGUUACAUUGACACAAAUCCAGACAUAGUACAUUUCUUGGGGACUACCCAACUUUUUCUUCCAUCAUAAACAACAGAGAAUUAGAGCACACAAAAUAAGGUGCAUAAAAACACAGACACAUACAUGACUUUAGAGAUCAUCAUUAUGUGAGUUUGUACCAUGGAUAUUACUGUACAUUGUAGUUGUAUACCUUUGCUACUCUCCCAGUGGGAAAAAAACUAACUUGCCCUAUGAAAUCGAAGUGAUUAAUUUGUAAGAUUUAUCUAGUAGUGCUUCUUUAUGAAUUUGAAUAGGAUCUCAAAACUGUAAAGGUGCUCGCAGGUACCAGCCCAGAGGGACCAAAUGUGAUGUCCCUGAGAGUCCCCUUACUAGGAUAUGACACUAAGACUGAAUAUUUAACAUCCCUACAAAAAAGAGGAAGAUUAGGAAAAAAACUCCCUCUGAUGAGAGCCAGGGCCCUCUAUUGGCGGCAAUGCGGUCGUUUGAACGACUGUAAAAUGGACGGAUUUCUGUCAAAAAGAACUAUGUGCGUUAUGACAUGAACUCUGUUAUCCAUGUAUUCUUAUGGGUCUCAGGGCUUAUGUCUUAAAGCACAUAGUCCUGUUUGGCAGAAAUACGUCUAAAUGCAAGUUCGGCGAGCAGUUUUUUUCAGAUAAAGAGGCUGCUUCCUAAUUACGAGUUUAUUUUGGGUUAAAAACCUAAUUAUGUUGUUCUUCUUCCUCACAAGUCAUUCUACCCUACCGACUUCUACACCAUCAGUGAGAGAAUAAUAAACUGAUUUUUUAAAUACUUGAAACCUGAGGUUCCUCUUCACCUGAUAAUUGUCUGGACCUUCUGCUGGUAGUCAUUUAAAACUGGUGAAAGAUGGUGAAUUGUUAUUAUAAAAAAACUCCUGUUUACUAAAUUGUCAUGCAUCACAAGAAGCAAUUUGUAACUCAUGCGUUCGGAUAUACACUCUUAGGUAAAUAUUUUGGAAAUGCUGAUAAGACAGUCUCUCCUAUAAAAGUUUUCGUAGUUGUGGAUUGGUUACAGGUGUUGUUCAAAAUGUGUGGGGGUGAUGCAAGACCUUAGAGAGGUUGUAUAUUAAUUCUUUUUUUUUCUCGUAUUCUAUAGCUAUAUUUUUGGAAUAAUGAGUUCUGUCACCAUUGAUUAAUUACCUGUCACUUUUUUACUUUUUGUGUAAUAUAUUUCUACUCUUACA